CGAGUUGAAUGCCUCUACUUAAACUUCUCACACAUGAACGAGACCAUCUCUGCCACCUUCCCCAGACUCCCAGACUCCACCGACUUAGGGGGGGCCGAUACACGCGUUCUAACUUUAGUCCAGACCUGAAAACUCUAGCUAGCAGUCCAGCGUGCACGCGACCGCCACGCCCGCGGCCCUGUUGGUAGAGAUCCUGCCGCAUCUCGAUGCAGAAUAGGCAGGAGGCCAGUAGUCUGGCUUGUUCCUUGUUGCCAACUUCAACAUUAUGUGGUACGUGGGGGUACAUGCUCGGCCUACGUUCAACGGCCAUCGCUGUGUGGAGAGGCAGGGCGGCUGUUCUGUCGCUCGCGAAACAAGACGACUCGUACCCGUUGCCAAACUUACUUCAAACUUGCGAGACAGACACAGCCUUCUUCCCCUGGUUUAGUGCUUCCAUGCGGCCCGUCGCCUGUCUGCAGCUCACAGGGAGGAUCUACAUUUGUAUAGCAUUACGAGUCCUGCGGCCUCCCAUAGCAUAUACCGCCGUUUGUCACACAAAUUCAAUGAUUCAAGUACGGAAGUUGAUGUGCUCAUGAAACAUUUUUGGACAUUCCUCGAUGAUGCUGCCUGUGAAAAAGAAAAGCCAUUUUGCUCGUGGAAUUUUCUGACAUUCCUGGUAUCUAGA